UCCCACAACUGCAAUCCAAUCCUAAAAUCUACCCCAUUCAAGCCCCUCAGCUACCUCUCUCUCUCUCUCUCUCUCUCUCUCUUUCUCCAUGCCUCCACUUUCUCUCUCCUCCCCUAUCUCCACCUUCUCCCCUCUCCUCAAGCUCCCCACCCAAUGCCCUCUCCUCAAAACCCCUCCCUUCACCCCCAAAUCCUCUCUCGUAUCGACCCCGACCUCAUCUCCUCCCUCCAUCGAUCUCCGCUCGAAACCCUCCCCGGCCGAGAACUCGAGGACGAUCAUGGAGCUCUCGUCGUCGGGGACCCUCUCGGCGCUGACCCACGAUGGCUGGCCCAUCGGCGUUGGGGCCCAGUUCGUCGUCGACGCUGAGGGGUUUCCUGCGCUCUGUCUCAGUGAGCCCGGGAGGCUUCUCUCUGUCAACGGGCUCUCGAGCUUUCACGUUCAGUUGGAGCAGAGUGGGUCCCGGACCACACAAUGUACUGUUAUGGGGAGUUUGAAGAAGCCUGAUGAUGAGUUGUUCUUGAAGAAGCUUUGUGCUAAAUGGGAGAAGAAGUUCGGAGAGGAAGUAGAUAGGGAACUUGUUUACAUGAUAUCAGUGGAUAAAGUGCUUCAGAUUGAAGACUUUAAGGAGGAAGGCAUAUGGGUUACAUCUUCAGAAUAUCUAAAUGCACAACCAGAUCCUCUUCGAAACUUUGCUGAAAAAAUUGUGGAGGAGAUGAAUUCUCAACAUGUUGAAGAUGUCCAGCGGUUAUGCAAGGUUUAUGUGGAGUCAGAAUUUCAGGCAACAGCUGCGAAAAUAAUAUGGGUAGAUCGUCUAGGGUUUGACUUGUAUCUAUACUCCGAUGAGGGAGUGUUUGCAGCAAGAAUUCCUUUCCCGAGAGAAGUUACAGACGAGAAGGGCGUCAAAUCUUCGUUCAAUUUGAUGUCUCAUCUUGCAUGGGAGAUUGAGAAAACCUAUGCCAUUCCAGAUUUUGAGAAGGUAAAGUGCUUGAAGAAGAUAAGGUAAAGUUUGGUUGUUUUGCGGGAUAUGUAACGUGUUAUAUAUAGAGCUCUUCUGAUUGUAUGCAUUCUUUGGUCACGGUGAUCUGUAAUGAAGGUCGUAUUUAUUCUUUUUGGCAUGUGACGUUGUAAAAUUAUUCUUUGGAAGAAAAUGAGUUUUCUUGUUUUUUUUUUC